AGCCCAAGCCCGCCUGAGCUGCUAUAACGCUCUUGUUUACAGAAGCCACCUGCCCACGACACAAGCUGUUGCUUGGUCUGAUGGAGCAAAGGCGCUCAGCACAGCUCGGUACGGCAAGGCAACAAUGCGACCAGCGUGGAUACAACACGGAGCGGACUGGAAAUUUGACACAGCACCAGAGAACACACACGGGAAAGAAAUCCUGCAAGUGCAGUGUGUGUGGGAAGACGUUUGCAUGGCCAUCAGUUCUUCAGAUCCACCAGAGAACACACACGGGAGAGAAACCCUUCAAGUGCAGUGUGUGUGGGAAGGCAUUUGCACGGUCAUUUGAUCUUAAAAUACACCAGAGAACACACACAGGAGAGAAACCCUUCAAGUGCAGUGUGUGUGGGAAUGCAUUUUCACAGUCAUAUAAUCUUAAAACACACCAGAGAACACACACGGGAGAGAAACUUUUCAAGUGCAAUGUGUGUGGGAAGGCGUUUACACUUUCAUUUACUCUUGUAACACACCAGAGAACACACACGGGAGAGAAACCCUUCAAGUGUACUCUGUGUGGGAAGGCGUUUUCUGUUUUAUGUCAUCUCGUAACACACCAGAGAACACACACGGGAGAGAAACCCUUCAAGUGCAGUGUGUGUGGGAAGGCGUUUACACAGUCAUCUACUCUUGUAACACACCAGAAAACACACACGGGAGAGAAACCCUUUAAGUGCGGUGUGUGUGGGAAGGCGUUUACACUUUCAUCUACUCUUGUAAUACACCAGAGAACACACACGGGAGAGAAACCCUUCAAGUGCACUCCGUGCGGGAAGGCGUUUGCACAGUCACCAAAUCUUCAAGCACACCUGAGAACACACAAGCAUCAGAAGAUCCUCAAGGAGUGGAGUGUGAAAUCAGCUUGUGAAAGUCAAAGUGCUGCAAUGAGCCCAUCCCUCGUGAAACAAGAACCGGACGAAAGUCCCAGCCUGGACACUUUUAAAGGUAACGAGGUGAAAUGUGAAGAAGUGAUGGUGAAGAGUGAAGUGAAGGUAAAAUGUGAAGAUGAAGAUUCAACUCCAAAAUGGGACCUUCACAUGGAUGGAGGCAACGUGAAGCAGGAAGAGAAUUCUGACUGUGAGGCAGAGCGAGGCAACUCCCAGCAGUUUGUGGAAGUGGAGGUGUUGGUGGACUUCCUAGACAAUACAACGUCAAAUGGAGACCCGGUAGAUGUUUAAACCAGUGACGAUGCCGCUCCAAUAGAUGCACCUUUGUCACAGGCCUUUAAUGACAAGAAUGUGAAGUUGAACACUCAGUUCCUAGGUGCAACCUGCAGGGUAAGGGCGAGUGGCCAGUCUUUGUGGACCUGUGUGUUGGUAGAUCUCUGACCAGCAGAGAGCCAAUAAGCCCCCAAGCAUUCACGAUGUUCUCAUAAUAAUUUAUUUUACAUGGUGCUUGCUGAGUUUUGUAUCGUAUCUCGUCUCACACUCUAAGAGCACCCCAAGUAGCAGCUGCCCCUGUGUGGCACAAGGUGGUGGCCCUGCACCGGCCUGCGUGUUGUCAAGAGCCUGUCAGUAGGGGGCGAUGGUUGAUGUGUCAAUUUAGCUGCGUAGUUUGUGGGUAAUGUUUGGAAUUUGCUACAUUUUCAACCAGACGCCAACAUGCAAUGACCUACUCGUUUUGAAUGACGCAAUUGUAUGUUUCACAUCCACUGUUCAGUGGAGGGUGCAUUCUUUAAAUAGCUCCUUGUUAAUAAGAUGUUAUCUAAACUAAAUUGUUCAAUUUUGGAAGAACGUAAUCAACCAGGUAGGGUGUUGACUGUUGUGUUGGCUGACUCUGUGUUGUGUUGCAUUAUAUUUCUAAGUUCACUAUGUUUGUUUUCUCAUUCACUUGUUGCACCUGAUGAUGGUUGCUUGUGUUCCAAUCGAAGCGUUGUGUUCUGUAGUUAUUUAAUUUCUUUCUCCGUGACUUUACCGACGCAGUAAGUUUCACUGCAGUAGUUCAAUGUCAAUAUGCCUGUCAGUAGUUUAGAAUGAAUACUUGUCUGAUUGUGCGCGUACAUUGAACAUUUUGUCUGAGGGUCAAACAUCGAAUAAGUGAUGUUGGGACAAAGUGUGUAUUUGUGUUUGUAAGUAGCCUGUAGAGAUUACUCAGGUGAGACCCGUU